AUGGGGAAGAAUGACCUGUUAAUACAGGAUCCAAGGGCUUCAGUUGUUAAGGCCAUUGCUAAGGAGUCCUCCCCACGGCAGGAAUUAAAAGAUCCAUUUUCGGUCUUGGAUGAGAACAUCUCGGCUUUUGAAAACCCAAAUGGAACAGAACCUCAGGUGGCAACAAGGGUCCUACUGGUGCGGGGAACGUUAAUACACCGUUAUGUCUCCCGCAAGGUGGCAGCUCGACCCUGGGCGAUUUUCACAGCUCUGUUCCAAGGCUGCACAGCGGGGGGGGGGGAAAAGCGUAGGCUGCAUUUCGUUAGUUGGUUGUUCGGAGCUGGCGGUCGGCAAUCUCCAGGUCAUGUGGCAUCGUCACUUGGGCGAUUAGUCAGCAUAAACCUCGCGAACCUCUUUCAACAUUCGACUGAAACUUCUUUGAUUUCAAUCCGUCGAACGAUUGUUCCCAGACCAUAA